AUGUCUUUUAAAUUAAAUGACUAUGAUGCGUUCUUAACGUCGUUAUUCGAUAAAAACAACCAGAAAGUGAAGCUAGAAGAUGCAGAUAAGCUCCAAGUGAGCCCCCAAUACGAACAGCUUGAGCAGGCCAAUAACCAAUUGCACAACCUGGCCAUGAUGCAACCACCACUGCAACCUUCGUCAUACACUACGGCCCAGCAGCCACUGCAACCACCAUCCAGAGACGAGAUGAUGAUGCGACAGCACUCCUUGCCCAGCCAACACCCAGGGCAUAUGAACGAAGACGGGCCAUUCCCUGUGGAUUUCGAUUUCGGAUUGGUGGCGCCAGGAUUUGCGUACACAACCACUAAUACCAACCGUUCUAAAUCGCUUAGUUUCACCAUUGGGAACCACGGUGAACCCUAUGCACAACCACACCAUCAUCCUUUACAACACCAGAAUAACCUUGACGGUUCUGGAAAUGUCACUGAGUUUAUGGCAGAAAUGAGCGCUGAACAUAAUAAUGGUCCUAGAAGUGUCGAGAAUGACAACUAUAACAAUUUCAAUGACAUAGAGAAUUCCCGCGAAACUCCAAAUAAUAUCUUUAUGCAAUCCAUGAACCAUAACAACAACAGCUAUACUUCCGACUUUGGUCCCAUUGACGAACAACUGUCUAGUGUUAUGAUUAAUCAUGAUUCGUUAUCGCCUAUUUCUAUGGGCAACAGUGGAUCGCCCGCCAUGCAUAGUGAUCAUAGUUCUAAUAAUAUCUUGGGAAUGCAACAUUCGGAGCAAUUGAUGAGGCAAGCCACAUCAAUUACAUUCAAUAACAUAGAUGAUAGAGUAUCUCCAAAGAUGAGCAAACAAUUCCCUGCUACUGCAUUUGCACCCACACUUUCAUCAAGUAGUACAACUAAGAAAACCAAGAAACAACCGCGGAAGGCCAAGAGUAUAAGUGGACCAAUCAGCGGCCACAAUUCUGGCGGCGAAUCCGACUUGUCACCUACAUUGAACCAUCGUCAUCCGGGUCGCCCUCGUGUAAAAUCAGCUCACAAUGUCAUUGAACAGAGAUAUAGAAACAAGAUAAACGAUAAAUUUAAUGCAUUACAAAAUUCUGUGCCUUCUUUGAGGAUAUUGGCACAAAAGAAAGAACGCGAAAGAUUACAAAUGAAACGUAGUAAUACUGACAAGUACGACUCUUCGGAUGAUGAACCGAUAGAUGAAUCGUUAGUAACUGAUGAAAAUAUCGAUUUGGAAGGGUUGGAACCAGCUAGAAAAUUAAACAAGGCCACUAUUCUUGCUAAUUCAAUUGAGUAUAUCAAGUUCUUGGAAUUGAAGAAUAAUAAAAUGAAGGCGGAUCAUGAGGCUUUGUUGAACAAAGCCCGCAUGAUGGGAAUAAUAAUCGAUGACGAUUUGGAUAAUGAUGAACAAUGAUUGUAUAUUAAGGAACAUGAUGUAACAUGUUGACCAUGUUUUGUGUGUAUAUUUAAAGGAAGUUGUAUAUAUGUUUGGGUUUUUAUUUUAGUUAAUUAUUUAUUGGUACUUCUAUGAUAGAAAUAUAACUUGUAUUGUAUAUAUUUCAAGUUUAUAUAUAAGUGACGAUAAUACAAAAAAAAAAAAGUUUGUAGUGCCAUUUUCUAUUACUGCAAAUUUCAAGUUGCAAAUUAAGCGAGCAACCAAAGUCCGGAAAAAUUGAUGGUGGCUGAUCGUACAAACAGCAAGACGCGUGAUUAUAAGCUAGGGCUAGACGCAAGAGAGUGUACGAUAGAGGUAGGGAGGGAUUAAGUCUUAUGAUGUUAUUCUUUUUCUUCUAUUGGGAAUUAUCUUUCGUAUACAUUUGACAGUCUGCUAUGAUCUUACAUAUAAUCUGACGUACGGCACAUUAUUCCGUAACAGUACAUACACAAUGGUAUAGCCUCCUCUACACCCCCUCACGUAUAGAUUAUGAAUCUUAUACGCUCCCUAUACGUAGGGAAUAGCUUUACUGAGGUGAUAUUAAUAGGAAGGUCUAAUACACAUUGCCAACUUAGUCCUCGUUCACCCUCAGUUGGCAACCCAGCCAUGUUACAUUUAACUUGAUUCUCAUACGAUGGAGGGCUAAACGAUGAAC